CUCAGACACACGCACAGAAUGCUUUUUAUUCUGCUCCCAGCUCAUUGAGGAGCUGACAGACCCUCCUGAGUCUCUGCACUCAGUCAGCUCGCUUUAUUCCAGCAGCUUCUCUCCUCUGAGGCCGUCAUCAGCUGCUCCUCUCCGGCUUUUGGUUCAACAUUAGUACUUGCAGAACGCUCCGGACUGUUCGGAUCCACUUUGCCUCCGGGUCGGGCUGCACCGGGCUCCUCUCAGGCUCUGGGUUUUCCUGGUGAUGACCUCACUGCUGUUCCCUGGCAACGCCCACGCUGCGAUGAAGGACCUCUCCUCCUCCUCCUCUCCUCUCACCUCCCUCCUCCACUACCCUUCCUCCAAAACCUCCGUCGUGCCCUUCUCGCCGUCCGCCGGCUCUGCGUCCUCGCCCGGCUCGUCGCUGUCGUCGGCGCCGCUCUCCAAACCUCAGCCGUUCUGCCUGCAGACGGGGCCUCAUCUCAUCGCCAGCAUGCAGCUGCAGAAGCUCAACUCGCACUACCAGAACCUGGCCGGGGCCUCGGCCGGACACCCAGCACCAGGCGGAGCUCAAAGGGGCUUUGGCGCCUCCCCGCUGGGCACCGGCAACCAGCUCCUGGGGCCGAACGGAGGCCUCGGAGGAGGCGGGAUGGGCGUCGGGAUCAGCAUGAGCAACCAAGGCCCCGGCGCUGGUGGAAUUAUCGACUUUGACCCCGUGGACGAGGAGGUUCUCAUGUCUCUGGUGGUUGAGCUGGGUUUGGACCGAGCCAACGAGCUGCCGGAGCUCUGGCUGGGCCAGAACGAGUUUGAUUUCAUGUCAGACGUGCCGGCCGGAUGCUGACCUACGAAGAGCAGAAGCAGUGGAGAUGACUGACAAAGAGAGAGAAGGUUUCUCUCCCUGUUUUGUUUUUCUCUUUACUCACUUUCUCGGUUGAUAAAAUGAGGAAACAGAAGAGACACUGAGUGACAAAGAGAUCAGAGGCAAACUCCUGUUUCUGUUUUGCUUUCAUACUCGCUGAGGGCUGACGGACGAAACCAAGACAGCUUGCUUUUGAUUUUGUUGUUUUUCUGAAGGAGUUGGUUUUCUUUCAGUCAGUGCAUUUUUCUCUUCUGCCAUGAAACCAGAGGUGCUCCCACUCCCAUUCAUAUUUCCCCUUUUAUUGUAAAAGACAGACAAGCAGAAGCUUUAGCAGAGUAUGAACAGAAGCGAGCAGUGGAGGACUCUGUUGCUCCUCUCCUCUUUCCUCCAUCACUGUGGCUUAAUGAAAACGAGCUGACUGACAUGAGAGGGGCUGACGGUGACAUUUGAGCCCACCUCUUGGAAACAAAACUAUAAAGACAGUAGGUAAGAUACACCUGUUGGACUCGGGCCCCUCUCUUCUUAGCACCAGGCUCUCUUGAUCAAGUCAGCGUUUAAGGAAAAUGAAAAUGGGAACCACGACUUUAUGGGAGAUUUGUCAAAGGAUGGCAAACACUACGCUUCCUGUUUUCUUAAUAGACAAUAUUAGACUCUGGUCUCAUGGGAAAGAGACUCCUGUCUCUUGGCUUCACAAAGAAACUGAUUGUCUGAGAACUGGUUAUCUCAAUGUACUUCUCUUUCUUUUUUUUUGUUUGAAUUUAGCUCAACCAGUCGUAUUCAUAGAACAUGUUAUUUAAGACAGUGGCUGAUAUCCAUCAGGAGUCUGGACAAGGAGAGCUUCUGUGGCGUGUCUAUAGCCAGCUCUGCUUUUCUGAACAUAAUGAAUUAGAUGAAGAAAUGUGGAAUCUUUCGGGGCUGAAUGGAGUAAAUUGUGUCUGGCUCUGGUCAUGCAAGUCGCCACUACAUGUACACGCUAUGUUUUGUGACCUGCGCCGGCCGAGGCGAGGCGGUGUCAGUGAUCCCGGGUUUCUUACACUGAAGGUUUUGAGCAAAGUCAGAUUCACACGAUGGCUGCCUUUAGUUUUUCCUGCUCUGUCACUUUGAUAUUUGUGUCAAACAGUUUGUUCAGACUGUGUUAUCACCAGAGCCCUGAUAAGGAGGUGUUGUCUGUUUUCUCAUCAGACGCUGCUGUUUGCACACCUUUGACCUGUUGAGAUGCUGCAGCUGUCCGCAGAGUUCAGACCAAAAUGAAGUUUCCUAGAAGCUCCUGCUUAGCGGCUAAAGCACUGAACCAGCUCCUAUUAGUUCCUACUGUUCGAUGGCGUUACAGAGGCAGAUUCGGCGCACCGUCUGGCAACCACACUGGUGCUCCUCAGCUUCAGUUCAUCCUCAAAUGCUGUUUUGCUCUUCUGUCUAACAAUCAGAGUUUUGCUCCUGCAGCUGACCGAAACCAGCACCGACAUCAGCAAGAAAGCUGGUAAAACCUUCACCAAAGAGCUUUUACAAGUGAAAUAUGAAGUCACAUUUAAAGUCGUGACACUCGGAUGAACUUCGGCGCUUAACUCUGAAGAAGUCCUCAAAGUGUUGGAUUACAUCAUAACUGCUACUGAGCUUGCAUGUCAAAUCUGAGCCAUGCGAUACGGUUGAAAGCCGUGGG